AUGGUAGUGGGAGGGAAGGGUGGAAGGGGUCGUUGCCAAGAGGAAGGGGUCCUAGCCGCCAGCACCCCCAGGUGGCCCCGGGGACCCGUACGGCCUCCCCUGACCCAAUCGGUGCGCAGUGCAGCACCCCCACCGCGCCGGCUCUGCCGAGCGCCCAAAGUAGAGGAAGCGGGGGAGGGGACGGUGGCUGGACGGGAAGUGGGAAGGCCGCCCGGCGUCCGCCCCUGGCCGGGCCCCGCGGGCGGGGAGGAGGCGGAGCUGAACCGCCCGCCCUUCCCUUCCUUUGCUGCCCUCCUGGAGGCCUGGAAACUGGCACUGGGGGGCUCAGCCUUCAGGACCUCGGAGGACUCAGCACUGGGACAUCUUGUGUGUGACCAGCUGUGUUCCUGGGCGACUAUCCCUACUCGAGUUGCUGCUGGAAUUAGGCUGGCCUUGUACGUCUACGAGUAUCUGCUACACGUGGGAGCCCAGAAGUCGGCCCAGACCUUUCUGUCCGAGAUCCGAUGGGAGAAGAACAUCACGUUGGGGGAGCCCCCAGGGUUCCUGCACUCCUGGUGGUGUGUGUUCUGGGAUCUCUACUGCGCGGCCCCGGACCGGAGAGAAGCCUGCGAGCACUCUAGCGAGGCCAAGGCCUUCCAGGACUAUAGCACUGCAGCAGCCCCCAGUCCUGUGAUGGGGAGCCUGGCCCCCAACGAUGCCAUGGCCCCUGGCUUCUUCCAGCCCUUCAUGUCACCGCGGUUCCCAGGGGGCCCCCGGCCCACCCUGCGGAUGCCGAGUCAGCCUCCAGUAGGGCUUACAGGCUCCCAGCCCCUCCUCCCUGGUGCAAUGGACCCCACCCCUCGGGCACAGGGACAUCCCAGCAUGGGUGGGCCAAUGCAGCGGGUAACGCCUCCCCGGGGCAUGGCAGGAGUUGGGCCUCAGAGCUAUGGAGGUAGCAUCCGGCCCCUGCCCAGCCCCCUCACUGGCCCUGGACUGCCUACCUUGAACAUGGGCCCAGCAGUCCGAGGCCCAUGGGCCAGUCCUAGUGGCAACUCGGUCUGCUACUCCUCAGCCUCUCCCGGCAGCUACACAGGACCCCCUGGAGGUGGGCCCCCCGGAACACCCAUCUUGGCCAGCCCUGGAGACUCCAACUCCAGCGAGAGCAUGUACACCAUCAUGAACCCCAUUGGGCCUCCAGGCCGGGCAAACGUGAGUGCGGACCUGCUGCGAGGGGGCGGGGAAGUGGGCUCUGGACUGCAGCCUGAGGGGGGACAGCAACUGGGUUUGGAAGGACAGGCUCAGUACCAGCUGGAAGAGUAG